UCUUCCCCGGCGCCGUUGUUCAUCCCACGCACGACAACGUUGGCUUCAUAAUAUCGAGCCAUUCCUCCCAGCAAGUCGUAAUACACGCUGCAGUCAUAAAAGAUUGCACUAACAGUUUGCGUUAAUGGAUUGCAGCAUCAUCUCGAUCUGGUUGCUGCAGUGAGCAAAAACCUUUUAUUGUCGCGCGGAGCUUUAUUCGGCAGCGCCCAUCUGGAAUUUAUUCUGAGCAGUAUAUGCAUUUAUGUUUAAUAGCCUCGGCUUAUUUUAAGGACUGCAAAUUUAUAACCCGCUUUUUCGCCAUGACCUUUUUUCUUAUGCGCAACAAAUUCCACCAGCAGCCAGCUGGUCAAAACGACGAGGACAAUGCUACGGAAGCCGCUGCACAGCGCCAAAGCAAGCCUUCGUCGUUAGCCAGCGGUGGCGGUUUGUUGAACGCCCUAUUCGGCAACCGGCCGUCAUCACCUCGCAGCUCCGAACGCAAAUCAUCGCGUGCAUCCAGCAAUGCAUCCAGCCCCUCGCGUGCUUCGUCGAGCGGAAGGAGUUUGUCCUUUCCGCCCAAACGGAUCAGUUUCGAUGAGCUGGAUUUUGGAGCCGGGACGCGCGGAGAGCAACGCGGCGGCGGCGGUGGCGACAAUGGACCGGACCGCAGCCGCGGUCAAACCGCUUCGCACAGUCCGCGAGUGUACGCUGCCGCUGCAGAUAACCGGCCGGAUGACCACAGCAGUGGAACGACGGAUCCGCCCGAUGACAACGACGCCCUGGAUCAGGAUGUGGAUCGCGCCUCGACGCGCUCCGAUCGCGGAUCGGAUACCAGUGGUCCAGACAGUCCGGAUGAAGCGCACACCGAUGAUGAUCUGGUUAUGUUUAUGCGCCAGUUUGUGGAACAGAUCUUUCAAGCUAGCAAGACACCCGAUCAGAAUGAGAAAAACACAUUCGGCGAGUACGUCAGAACGGAAUCUGGAAGAUUAUGGUUUGCUCGCUUCAUCAAUUCGCAGAGGAUAAAUUACGGUAGCAAAGUGGACGAAGGCACGUUUUAUCGACUGGUACAAUAUUGUGCCAUCGUUUUGUUUGAGUGCUAUCAAGAGGAGGAUUAUGGAGCAGCCAAGAUACUAAUGAAUAUCUGCUUUACGUUCUAUAAGGAAGUUCCCCAUGGGCCAUCGCGUAAGGUGCGCAGGGAGUUCCUUUACCACCAUUUGCGCAAGCAGGCCAUAUGGCACUCACUGAAAUUCUGGAAUGCGGCUUACUUUGACGCCACGCAGGCGGAAAGAGCAAAAAGAGCUCAGAGAGAACAGUGGACCAGCAGUGGAGAUGACAAUCGAUCGUCUAGAGAAUACGCUGAGGAUGAUUUCAUCUUCCGAACGUUGAAAGAUUUCUUAAAUAAUAUGCGAGCAUUUCAAGUAUCAAAAGAAGCGGUGUCGGAGUUCUUGAGGAAGCAAAGUAACAACAUUACUUCAGAACAAUUCCAAGUAUUGCGAAACCAGGUGGAAUCGAUGUACAGAUGACCAAGCUUUCCAGAAAAGAGGAACUUAUAUAAAGUAUGGCAAACGAAAUUACGCUAUUCUCUGUGCGCAGUUUAGCAGCGAGCCCAGAGGCGCUUACAACCUUCAAAGAGUGAUCUAACAAGUAUAACUGGAAUUCUGUUAUUAGUUAUUUAUCUAUUUCACUUCUUCGUAAACCAAUAAGUUAGCUUUAUAAUUUGUAUUUGUACUGUUUAUUUUAAGCUUUGUAUCUGCAGAUAGCAAUGCGUGCUGCUUGCGCACAACCGCAAAGCCAGUCAACAAUGCCGCAGUUUUUGAAAUAGUACGAGUAGUUUAUGCAGAUACAUCGCGCAUAUAGCUUAUUGUUAGGCGAUUAUCUGACAACAUUUAAAUGCGUUUUCAGUUUUAUUUUUCUUAUCCUGCGAAGAUAUAGACGCCAUGUUUUGUGAUGCAAAACGAAUUAUUAUUGUUUUGUGUUAUGAAUGCAUUUUCACAACAGGAAGAAGCGGUUUAUUUAUAAAAAUA